AUGUCUCUCAAGCAAGAGAUCGAAACAUGGGUCACCGCCCUCGCCGCCUACGACAACAACGAAUUCGACAAUGCUAUCAAGUGCUUCGAGCAGAUCGCCGACACCUCCAAGAUCCUCUUCAACUGCGGCGUCAUCCAUGCCACCUUGGGAGAGCACCUCAAGGCAGUCGAAUGCUACCAGCGCGCGGUCCAGCUGGACCAGUACCUCGCCAUUGCAUACUUCCAGCAAGGCGUGAGCAACUUCCUCAUGGGCGACUUUGAGGAAGCGCUGGCCAACUUCAACGACACCCUCCUCUACCUGCGCGGCAACAACAACAUCGAUUACGAGCAGCUGGGCUUGAAGUUCAAGCUGUAUUCUUGUGAGGUGCUCUUCAACCGUGGGCUGUGCUAUAUAUACCUGCAGCAGAAAGAGGCGGGCAUGCAGGAUUUGAUCUAUGCGACACGGGAGAAGAUGGUGCCGGAUCAUGAUGUGAUUGAUGAGGCGAUCAGAGAACAGGCGGAGGGGUAUACGGUGUUUUCGAUCCCCGUGGGAGUGGUAUAUCGGCCGAACGAGGCCAAGGUCAAGAAUUUGAAGACGAGGGCUUACCUGGGCAAGGCGAGGCUGGUCGCGGAGGCGCAUGAUCAGAGGGCGGCGGAUCCGAGACGACAGGCGGCGCUGGCGGCGAUGGGCAUCGACGAUAGACCUGGGGAGAAGCUGUCCUAUGCGGCAUUGAAUCUGGUCAGACCGGACCUUCAAAGCAGAAACCGCCUACAAUCCGAACCGCCUAUGCACAGAAACGUCUUCCCGCCCACACCACCACCCGAACUCGAGCGGCCAGACUCCGCCCACGGCCGACGGAAGUCCACCGAAAGCACGAGCUCGGAAAAGUCAAAUCUCCAACAUGCCCGUCCAGGUGCAAAACCUCUACGACUCGAAUUGGGGGUGGCAGCGUUCGAUCACAAAGCUUCUUCGCAUGCGCCCUCCGAGAGACCCCGAGUAGUCACGAAACGAUCAGAAUCGGAACGCCCUGCCAUCCGACGAGAGUACUCCGGUGGCUCGACUAGGAGUAGUGAUGGAUAUCGAAGACGGGAGCGCGAGCACGCGGCGCAUCUCCAAAGGGCGAACGUGGCGGCGAGAGAGGUGCCGGAAGUGCGGAUUCAGGAGGACCCGAUUGAGGCUUACAGCGAGCAAGCACAACACCAGAUGCAGCUGCAGCAGCAACAACAACAACAGCAGAAUGCAACCGGUCAUGCGCCCCAUCAUCAACGCUCGAGAUCCAGCGCGCACCGAAGCCAACCCGUCCCGAUCGAAGAGUCGGAAGAAGAACACUACAUCGAAUUCUCCCCCACCACAUCCUCCUCCAACGCCCCUCUAGCCUUCGAAAUCCUACCCCCCAAAACCCACACAACAACAACCUCCCCCCGCAACCACCCCAACAACCCCUCCCGACCCCCAUCCCUCCGCAAAAUCCGCCUCAAGGUCCACGCCGAAGACAUGCGCUACGUCAUGACGUACCCGGACGUCAAAUUCGAGGAAGUCGUCGAGCAGAUCCGGAAUAAGUUUGGGUUUCAGGGGGCGUUUAAGGUGAAAAUGCGGGAUGAGGAGGGCGAUAUGGUUACGAUGGCGGAUGCGGAGGAUUGGGAGAUGGCGGUGGGGGCUUGUCGGGUUGUGGCGGCUGGGGGGGGGGGGGGGAUGGGGAAGAUGGAGGUUUGGGUGCAGGAGGUUUGA